UGCUGGGGAUAUUUUUUUUGGUAGGCGGAACUCUCUCGGCUGUUCCUUACACCUUGCAGGAAAGUGACUGGAGUACUGCCGUGUGUGUGUGUCUGCAAGAUGCACACACACAGUCUGACUGGAGAGUGACACGAUCAGUAUAUACAACUUGGGAUUGCAAAGUGAUUGGUAGAAAUCUACAAGCAGUUUAUUCGCCUGGGAAAAAAAGGAAAGGGAUUUUUUUUGCAGCGUUGCUGUAAACAUUUACAGUUCAAAGUUUAUUUUCCAAAUAUUCCUGGAGUGAUCUACUGCAAGGAGAGAAGAGAGGAAGCAGUGUGUGAGUGUGUGUGUGUUUGCCCGUGGUCUCUCUCUCUCUCCCCCAACUCGUCUCGCCUCUGCCGGGAGAGGAGGGAGAGCAGCAGCCCGGCGAUGCUCCGGUCCCGGUCGCCCGGCCUGACGGCUCUCCGCCUACUUCUCUGCACCCUCGGCCUCUGUCACGCAGGGACUGACUAUGGCGAUGUGCUGCCUGAGUCCUUUCCGUCCUCAGCUGCUGAGCCUCUGCCGAGGUUUCUGGUGGAGCCGAAUGAUGCCUACAUCGUAAAAAACAAACCAGUGAUGAUGACAUGCACGGCCACCCCAGCAACACAGAUCUACUUCAAGUGCAAUGGUGACUGGGUGCAUCAGAAGGACCACGUGACUGAGGAAAAUGUGGACGAGGUCACAGGUCUGGUGGUUCGGGAGGUUCACAUUGAGGUGUCCCGUCAGCAGGUGGAAGAACUGUUUGGUCUGGAAGACUUCUGGUGCCAGUGUGUUGCCUGGAGCGCCUCGGGGACAACCAAGAGCAGAAGAGCCUACGUCCGCAUUGCCUACCUGAGGAAGAAUUUCGAGCAGGAGCCACUGGGAACGGACGUGUCCCUGGAACAUGAGGUCCUCCUUCAGUGUCGCCCACCAGGAGGGGUCCCACCAGCAGAGGUGGAAUGGCUGAAGAAUGAUGAUGUUAUCAAUCCGAUCCAAGACACCAACUUCCUCAUCACCAUUGACCACAACCUGAUCAUCAAACAAGCUCGCCUCUCUGACACGGCAAACUACACCUGUGUGGCCAAAAACAUUGUUGCCAAGCGCCGCAGUACCACAGCUACAGUGGUUGUAUACGUAAACGGAGGCUGGUCCACUUGGACAGAGUGGUCUUCGUGUAACAAUCGCUGCGGGCGAGGUUGGCAGAAACGGACAAGGUCAUGCACCAACCCGGCACCACUCAACGGUGGAGCCUUCUGUGAUGGGCAAACUUUUCAAAAGAUCGCAUGCACCACCAUGUGCCCAGUUGACGGGGGUUGGACAAGCUGGAGCAAGUGGUCUGCCUGCAGUACCGAAUGUACCCACUGGAGGAGCCGCGAGUGCACGGACCCAUCGCCCAAAAACGGAGGCAAGGACUGCAUCGGCCUGGUACUAGAGUCCAAAAACUGCACAGAUGGGCUCUGCAUGCAAAAUAAAAAGCUAUUAAGUGAACCAAAAACCUCUACCGCAGAUUCCGCCAGUGAUGUGGCCUUGUACGCGGGGCUGAUUGUCGCUGUGUUUAUCUUCGUGGUUAUAAUGCUGGUACUCGGCAUCAUUGUGUACAAGAGGAGCUGCCGUGACUUCGACACCGACAUCACCGACUCCUCAGCUGCUCUGACCGGAGGCUUCCAGCCUGUCAACUUCAAGACGGCCAGGCAGGACAACUCUCAGCUGCUGAGCUCAUCGAUCCAGCCAGACCUGACGGCUAAUGCCGGCUCGUACCGAGGGCCGAUGUACACUCUGCAGGACACAGCUGACAAGAUACCGAUGACCAACUCCCCACUCUUGGACGCCUUGCCCAGCCUGAAGAUCAAGGUGUACAAUUCCUCCAUGGCCGCCUCCAUGCUGGUGGGCGGAGUGGACUCAUCGGGGACUGGAGCGCCGGGGACUUACCCGGGGGGCAACAGCAGAGACAACAAUGUCGUCAUGAACAUGAGGAACAAGGCGCUCAGCUCACAGCACUUGGGCACCUUGCCCAGGGAUCCAGGGUACAGUGCCAGUGGGACCUUUGGCUGUUUGGGAGGACGACUAACAGUACCCAAUUCAGGGGUCAGUCUUCUGGUACCUCAGGGAGCAAUUCCACAGGGCAAGUUCUACGAAAUGUACCUGAUCAUCAACAAAAGAGAAAAUACGCUACCCCCCUCCGAAGGUUCGCAGACGGUCCUGAGCCCCAUGGUGACUUGUGGGCCAACGGGGAUGCUGUUGUGCCGUCCUGUUGUUCUCAGCAUUCCCCACUGCGCAGAUGUCUCAGGACCAGAUUGGACCAUUAAGCUCAAGACACAAACUCAUCAAGCUGCCUGGGAGGAAGUGGUGACAUUGGAGGAGGAGAACUUAAACACACCCUGCUACUGUCAGCUGGACUCCCAAUCUUGCCACAUCCUCCUGGACCAACUUGGAACCUAUGCACUCGUUGGGGAAUCUAACUCCAGGUCGGCUAUCAAGAGGCUCCAACUGGCCAUAUUUGCACCGACCUCGUGUACAUCUCUGGAGUACAGCCUUAAAGUAUACUGUGUGGAGGAUACUCCUGAUGCUCUAAAGGAGGUGCUGGAGUUGGAGAGGACUCUGGGUAGUUACCUGCUGGAAGAACCCAAAAGCCUGCUGUUCAAAGACAGUUACCACAACCUGCGACUUUCCAUCCACGACAUUCCCCACUCCCUCUGGAGAAGCAAACUGCUCGCCAAGUAUCAGGAGAUUCCAUUUUACCACAUCUGGAGUGGAACUCAGCGAGCGUUGCACUGCACCUUCUCACUCGAGAGGUACAGCGUGGCAUCAACUGAAUUUUCCUGCAAAAUUUGUGUCCGACAAGUAGAGGGAGAGGGACAGAUAUUCCAGUUGCAUACGGUCAUCGAGGAGAAUGCCAAAUGUGUCAGCCCACUCCACACACAGGUUGGUGCCAAUGUGACCACCCAGGUAGGCCCUUACGCCUUUAAGAUUCCAUACUCCAUCAGGCAGAAGAUCUGCACUAACUUGGAUGCACCAAAUACUCGAGGCAAUGACUGGAGGCUGCUGGCUCAGAAGCUGGGAGUUGACAGGUUUCUCACCUACUUUGCUACAAAAGUUAGCCCGACUGGGGUCAUCUUAGACUUGUGGGAAGCCCAGCACCAAGAUGACGGAGAUAUCAACUCCCUCGCCAGUGCCCUGGAGGAGAUGGGCAAGAGCGACGUGAUGGUAGUCAUGACAACAGAAGAAUGCUGAAAGAUGAAUAACCUUGGCAACUGAGUGAUAAAACCCUAGCAUCUAUGGCAACUUGUUAUAGAAGUCAGUUUGCUGCUCAACUGAGCACCCAGCAAAUUAGGAAAGUAGUAUUUUUACAGAAGAGAGUGGCACUUGUCACAUUCAAUCUAGAUGAAGCCUCUCUCCUAUCCAAAGCUUUGGGCAGCUUGUAAAAGGUUAACAGUUUCUUAGGAAACGCAUUUAAUUUAUUAUCCAUAUCUUUGGAUGCUUUUUUGUUUGCUCCUAUAUUGAAACUUUGUAAGAACCCAAGGAGUUGUUUACAUAUAUGGCAGAUGUAGACAUCACUCAAAUCUUGAAUGCACAUGUCGUACAAGAGAAAUCCAGCUGAACUAUCAUAGGUGUUUAUGAGGAGGAGAAUGAUUCAUAGAUGCAGGCAGGCAAUAGAGUCACAGGGCCAUCUUAUCCACUUUCAAUUUAUUGCCUUGUGGCAAAAGAAAAUUCAUUUUUUCAAGCUCGGAAGCAAACUUUGCCGGAAUCCCUGCUUUAUCAGUGUGGUUUUCUCCCCAGGCACUUUGGCAGAAAACGACUCAAACCUAAAACAGAUUUCAAAGCUUCUCUCUCUCUAAUACAAACUCAGAUGUUCUCGAGACAAAACCCAUGGUGAAACAAUUAUCAGCUUUGUACCACAUUGCCCUAUCUGGUCGUUUAGUGACAGUAUUUAAAACGUGCGGGACAAUGCACAGAGUGGGAGGUGUGUCGGAGUAUCUGCUGAGGUUAAUCACAGUCAUCUCCAUGCUAACACCAGUCACUUCUGAUUAACAUGAAGGCAUUUAUACAUUCAGCACAGGUGUGCCUAACCAACCAACCUCCUCUCCACUCUGCCAUCCCAUAUCUCCAUUGAAUAAGGUGGGAAUAGCUCCCAACCAGUCUUCACAAAGUCAGGGCCAUGCAUUAAGACGUUGAAGACUGAAGCAAAGCAAUAGCCAUUUGUCGAAGCAGCCAACCAUCACCAGAAGAAAUGUCUCUAAUAUAAAUCUUGCAAUGUACUGACAAAGGAAAUUAACAAACCCACAUACAGUAACAGAGGAUCUCAGCACAAACCAGGAUCUUAGCUUGAAUGAAUAUGGGCUCUAUAUUCUUAACAUCUUAUCAUGUUUUGGCCAUCAAAAGGUACGGUCAUAAUAUUUUCUAUCACCAUUUCAGAUUUUGAUCUUAAUUUUAAUCUGAAUGUCAGCCAAGACCUGGUAUAGAAAAAUGAAACCUUCUGUGCUUUAAUUGACACACUGUCCUCACUUGUCACUUCCUUUCAAUCUUUUAAUAAGGGAAAUUUCAGUAGGUGACGGAAUCAUUUCUCCUACCAACACCUCCACUGCAUCUCAGAACAUUUCACUGAACCAUAGAAUGCCUCAAAACCAAACCAAUCUCACUGAUGGAACCUGGGGGACCCUGGAGUUUGUGGACAUGAGUUAUAGUUAACAUGAACACUGAAAAUUGGAAGAAUCCUUCAAGCCAUUUUGGGUACCAGGGAUUGGCACCUUGGGCUAGCGUUGGACUGACCUGACUAGAAGUACUUCACGUGGGAUCUAUUCUUUGUAUGAACAUCCAAAGUAAAUAACCUGCUGGUGGAAGGACACUGAAAGCUCAAGAUCACUUUUUUCCAGAAAUUAUCAGAUGACAAGCUCUCCAAAGCCAACCACCUGGUUAGGGCCAGUAUCCAAUGAUGUCUUACUCCAAACUUGCCUUUAUAUAAAACACUUUUGGUCAUUGUUAGAUGUCAUCUCACAAAGACAUUCACCAUGAAUUCACAAAGACUCUCAAUGGUUGUAGCAUUGUCAUUUCCAACAUAAUUUUGAAACAUCUUCAGUUGACUAAAAUGUUGAGCCAACUAGAAAGAUAAAUUGGAUGAAUAAGGGAGUGUGUGAUGCAUUCUUGGUGCUGUGUUGGUGUCAACAGGAUUGCGAAUUCUCCAAUAGUGUACCAUCAAAAAUUAGACAAAGUGCUUAAAUGUCUGUAGAAUGUGCAAAUUGAGUUAUUUAUUUCCAAGAUGUUUUAGACAAAUACAUUUUAAAUACAUCAUUGUGUAAUGUUGUUUUUAAAUAAUUACUUCAGGAGCACAAUUAUUGGACAUGAGUGGUCAACCUUCUUGUGGCAGUGGCCUUCCUGCUUGAUGUCUAAGCAAAUCCAAAGGUUAGUUUAUCAGGAAGCACGCUCAUAUUUCGAAGAGCUGAUGAUUAGUCUCCUGGAUACUGCCACAAGCAAUCCCAUGAGAAAAAUCACUGGGGCGUUUUAAAAUAUUGUUGAAUUUCACACUUGGUUGCUUGCCCUAAAUACUCAGCUUCCAAAUUCCAGUUCUAUUGACUUCAAUGGAAGCAAAGUUCAGAAACAGCAUCCAACAUGGAACUAUAUCACUCAUUCACUGCAAGCAACUGAGGUUGAAUUUAUAUCUCAAAUAUGUUUUUUUUUAAAUCUUCCUUGAUAACCUUUUCUAUUAAUGAAAAAUAUAUCAGAGGUGGGGUGGUGGGAAAAGCUGUUUGGCAGGACAAGACAGAUGGAAGGUCAUAUGUUGGAAACUCCAGGGAAAGGCCCAACAAGAGUUGGCGGCCUAAAUUCAGAGGAACCUUGGAAAGAAUUGGCCUCCUCCCUACAUCCAGUGUGACCCGAAAACCAGCAAAAUCACACACUCCUUUUUGAUGCUUCAAAUACUUGGUAUCAGUGCACUGGGGUGAUCUUUGAAAAAAUGGCAAAGGGUUGCUUUAGAUGACUAUAUAUAGUUUUUAUAAAAUUAUAUGAGCCAUCUGUGACAGCUCCUGCAAUCCAUUUACACAGAGGUGUAACUAUGACUUGGAUUAAUGUAAAUCCACUUACCUCUGAGGGAGAAGGUUGGCACUAACUAUUAGAAGGCUGUGGCCAGCAAUUUUUUUACAGUAUUCAUUGAUUAAGAAUGGCUGAAGGUGUUUUAACGAAGAGUUAUUCUUUUUCUUUUUUUUCCCUCAUAUAAGGGGUACCAUUAUACCAACUGGUUAGCAAAAUAGUGCUUUCAUAUCUUUCAUUCACUCCAAGUGCUAUGCAAGUUUAUAGAAUUAAUUCAUUUGCAGACAUAUCGCAAUGCUUCUGUUCUUUACGUACAUCUUUCAUAUUUAUAUGUAUAGAAAUUGCUGGAAUCUAUUCCUCUGUCCCUUUUCAUGUAUUUGUUCAUUCUGUAAACUACCGAUUGUAAAUAAGUUUAGCGUUCCUAUUGUAACAGAUUAAUUUUUAUGCAAUAAAUUAUAUUUCCUAG